AUGGGUCUGAUCGGGAAUGUCCUGUCACUGUUGACAGUGACGAACUUGUUUCUGGGAUUAUUUGCUUAUGUCGCUCUCACAUUUGGCUGGCAGAUUGUCUACUAUAGAUUCUUCCACCCACUCGCCAAGUUCCCCGGGCCCUUCUGGGCUUCGGUCACUCGCCUUUGGAUCGCCAAGCACAGUUUGCAGGAAACAGAGGUGCCCACGGUCUACGCACUGGCAAAGGAAUAUGGCCCCGUCGUUCGCAUCACCCCGACAUUGCUGCUGGUCAGCGAUCACGAGAAGCUCCCCGAGAUCUACCACCGAAAUGUGGACAAGACCGGACACUAUAUCACUGGAAGCUUUGGCGAAACCGAGUCGCUGUUCAACAUGAGAUCCCACAAGACUCAUGCUGUGUUCAGGAAACACGUUGCUGGCCCUUACAGCUUCUCGAAUAUCAAGAAAAUGGAGCCACUCAUCGAUGCGCGCAUUGCGGAAUGGACCACCAAGCUUGACAGUACCUUCUCCAAGACCGGCGAAGCCUUUGACUUCUCGUGGUGGGCCGUCUACAUGGCGUACGACAUCAUCAGUGAAAUCGGCUUCGGCGAGCCUUUCGGCUUCAUCGAAAAAGGCGAGGACAUCGGUGGCCUCAUUCAAGGAUUCCACGACGGCCUUCCCGCCUUCGGGCUGCUCUCUCGUCUGCACCCAUUCACCUCAUGGGUUAAGACGACCUUCCUAAAGAAAUACCUCGUCGCCACUCCGGCAGACGACUCCGGAAUCGGAGUCUUGAUGCGCUUCCGAGACCGCCUCAUCGACCAGCGCAUCAAGGACAUCGAAGGCGGCAAGAAAAUCGAACGCACUGACCUGCUCCAGACUUUCCUCGAAGCCGUCACCGAAGAGGGCAAGCCCCUUGAUCUGGAGUACAUUCGCGCCGAGGUCCUGCUCGUUCUUCUCGCCGGUGCCGAUACCACCGGCACAGCCUUCCAGGCUCUGAUCCAAUUCCUCAUGACCCACCCAUCAGCAUAUGACCGCAUGAUGGAGGAAAUCGACAACGCAUCUCGCAAGGGCCUCAUCUCGGACAUGCCGCAAUAUCAAGAAGUAAUUGAGCACUUGCCGUUCUAUGUCGGCUGUAUCAAGGAGACCAUGCGUCUUUGCCCGUCUGCGCCUAAUAUCUUCCCUCGCUAUGUCUCGGAGCCUGGACUCGACCUGUACGGCAAGUUUGCGCCUCCGGGCACGGAAAUCAGCUGUAACCCGUAUCUGGUGCACCGUGAUCAGAAGCUGUAUGGCGAGGAUGCGGAGGAGUUCAAGCCUGAGAGGUGGUUGGAUGAGGAGAAGGCCAAGUUGUAUAACAAGUACAACUUCUCGUUCGGUUAUGGAUCGCGUGGCUGCUUGGGCAAGGAUAUUGCCAUGAUGGAAUUGUUCAAGGGACCUUUGCAGUUCUUCCGCCAGUACAAACCGGAGGCUGUGCCCGGUAAGCCCGAGGCAAAGUUCAUGAUCAUGGGUGGAAUUGGAUAUUGGAGAGACUUGUGGCUCACCAUCUCUCGCCGACCUGCCGUUAAGGCUGAAUGA